AUGUCGUUCAACAACUUCGAAUCUUUCCCUCAGCAGGAUCCCGCCGCUGCUGGCGCCCCAGCCCCCGUUGACACCACCAUGACCGGUCAGGCCGAUCCCUCCGCCGCUCAGUUCCAGGGCCCCGCUCCUGGUGAGCCCAACGCUGCCCCCGUUCCCCAGCAGGGCGCUGAUGGCAAGACCACGCUCUGGAUGGGUGAGCUUGAGCCCUGGAUCGACGAGAACUUCAUCCGCAACCUCUGGUUCCAGAUGGGUGAGCAGGUCAACGUCAAGAUGAUCCGCGACAAGUUCUCUGGUAGGAGCAAUGCUGGCUACUGCUUCGUCGAUUUCGCCUCCCCUGCCGCCGCUGCCAAGGCCCUUUCUCUGAACGGCACUCCCAUGCCCAACACCAACCGGGUCUUCAAGCUCAACUGGGCUACCGGCGGUGGCCUCGCGGACCGCAGCCGUGAUGACCGUGGUCCUGAGUACUCCAUCUUCGUUGGUGACCUCGGCCCCGAGGUUAACGAGUACGUCCUCGUUUCGCUGUUCCAGAGCCGCUUCCCCUCGUGCAAGUCCGCCAAGAUCAUGACCGACCCCAUCAGCGGCAUGUCCCGUGGCUACGGGUUCGUCCGUUUCUCCGAUGAGAACGACCAGCAGCGCGCCCUUACCGAGAUGCAGGGUGUCUACUGUGGCAACCGCCCCAUGCGUAUCUCCACCGCUACCCCUAAGAACAAGGGCCCCGGUGUUGGCAACGGUGGUGGUAUGGGUAUGCCCGGCCCGGCUGGCAUGUACCCUCCCAUGGGUGGCCCUCCCAUGCCCUUCUACGGUGCUCCCCAGCCCAUGAACCAGUUCACCGACCCCAACAACACCACUGUCUUCGUUGGUGGUCUCUCUGGCUACGUCACCGAGGAUGAGCUCCGCUCUUUCUUCCAGGGAUUCGGCGAGAUUACCUACGUCAAGAUCCCCCUGGAAAGGGCUGCGAUGCAGGGAUACCCCAUCGGUAACUCUCGUGUCCGCCUGAGCUGGGGCCGCUCCCAGAACAACUCCGGCCCUGCCGGCAGCCCCUACCGCCCUGCUCCCCCGCCACCUCCCAUGUACCCCUCCAUGGGCAUGCCCCCAGCCCACCAGUAUGGCGGUUUUGCCCCCAUGAAGUGA